UGCAGCUCCUGAUUAUAGAGAAAAACGUGAGCUCUUAUUUUGAAAGUCGCAAUCCGGAAAAGGGUUUAUGUCAGGGAAGACAGCUGGCUAGCGUGUAGCGCAACAAUGCAGCAACGAGAAGAGAAGCAGCUGGAAGCCUCAGUGGAUUCACUCAUCUCUCUGGUGGAUCACGUCAAAAACUCCCUCCAGAGUUUCAUUUAUAAGCUGGAAAAUGAAUACGAGAGACUGACCUGGCCGUCUGUCUUGGACAACUUUGCUCUCCUCUCAGGCCAGCUGAACACCAUCAAUAAGCUGCUGAAGAAUGAGAAGACGCCCUCGUUUCGCAGCCAGCUUAUAAUCCCGCUGCUCCUGUCUCCAGACAGAGAUGAGGAUUUAGCAAAACUCACAGAGCAGCGAGUCCCGGUGUUCAGCCAUGAGAUUGUCCCAGAUUACCUGAGGACCAAACCUGACCCGGAGGUGGAGGAGCAGGAGAAGCAGCUGAGCACGGAGGCGGCGCGGAUCGGUCCUGACGUGGCUCAGAAACAGAUCCAAACACUGAAUAAGAUGUGUUCGAAUCUACUGGAGAAGCUGAACAACCCUCGUGAAGACAGAGAGGCUGAAACUGCAGGGUCCCGACAGAACAAGGCCUUUUUUAACCCCGGGGACACGAAUGCGUUGGUCGCAGCUGUUGCUUUUGGGAAGGGACUCUCCAAAUGUAGGCCUCCUGGUCCUGUGCCUCCGGGUCACCCAGGACAGGGGCCUCUCAUGAGCGGGGGGCCAACCUUACAACAGGUCACCAUAGGGGGCGGAGCCGGCCAGCAGGCGGGUUUAGGAGGACCUGUGGCUCCACAGCAGCAAGGCCAGCCAGGAAAGAUGCCGAGCAGCAUCAAGACCAACAUCAAGUCUGCGUCUGGCUCCAUGCAUCCUUACAACCGAUGAGCCGCUCUCAUCCUCCUGCUUUAAAACAUUUCACACAGUGAAGGAGCCGUCGUGUUCAUGUCCACUCCUCUGUUGGAAACCAUCUGUCAACCCAGCAUCACCUCAAACAGGAUAUAAAGCUGAUUUUAGUUGUUACAGAACUUUGAUUUUAUUCCCAAACACCUUCUGAGUUUCAUGGGUUUGGCCACUAGAGGGCAGUGUGUCAUCGUUUACAGGAUGACAACUUUAGAGCAACGAUUCAUUUUUUAAUAAAAACAUGCAUAAAGACGUA